CUUCCUGUUCUGCAACUAAGACGUUCUCUUGCAUUUCUGAUUAUCUUUCAUUUAAUUUAUAUUACGUUCCUAUUCACCCUUUGUGUUUUUAUUUGUCUUCUAACCAAACUGGGUCCCCACUGCAAUGUACUUUCAAUACACAAACAAUAUAUUACAUAUAAAACUAUUACACAAUGUGACAUUAAUAACAUAUGUGGUCUAAAUCAAAUUGUGUUUCAUUAAAAGUUGAAAUGUAUACACUGUGUACAAUCCUAAUAUUUAGUCUUCUAACUUUGUAAUUAAGUAAGUUUUGAUUAUCAACUAAAGAGUUUUCCGACAGCACUUAAAUGCACCGUUUCACUCUAAUGUUGAGCAUCCUUUGCUAAAGGCAUUAAUAUAGACAUUUGAUUUACCACAGUUGUAGUGACAGAAGAAAAAACGAUUACUUGUAAGAAGGGAAAUAGCUUUAUGUCAACGUGUUCUCAUGUAUUAGAUUUGGAAUCAAGUUUAAAUUUUAACAUAGACCUAAUAGAUGCUAACAGCGAUUAGCCGUUGGGUCUGUAUUGCUAGCACAAGUAAAUACAAACCGAGCAGCUUUCUGCUCAGUGCUGGUAAAUGGACAAGUUUGUAAUCCGACGUCCAAAAGGGGACACUUCCCCCAAAAUAAAAAGCAACGAAAGAGUUUACAGACAAGCUACAAUUGAAUCUUUACGGAGGGUGGUUGUUAUUGAAGAUAUCAUGCGCUGCAAGUCCACGUUGGAGCUGCCUGAGCAGAGCAAGGAUGGUCUACUGGGUGCCUUGACAGAGCUGAGCAAGAAGAUCCCAUCUAAGGAGGUCCUGAAGUCCACCAAGAUAGGUCACACCGUUAACAAGAUACGAAAGCAUCCAGACCCUGAGGUGAGUUCAAUGGCAGCAAAGGUAUACACAGAGUGGAGGACAUUCAUUGAGGAGAAUUCCAAUAAGCCGUCUAUUGAAGUGCGCUCUGACAAACAAUCUGAAGGACUCAGGAACAAAGCUAGAAGACUGAUGUCUGAGGCUCUGGAAGUCAAGGAGGAUUCAGGUCUCAUAGACGUCAUUGAGAGAGAAGUAUUUCACCAAAACUCCCGGCUAGUCAGCAGUUCAUACAGACGCACUGUGAGGGCUCUGGUGUUUGCAUUCAAACACAACGCAGACGUAAGAGGACAAGUGAAGGAUAACACAAUGUCAGCAAAGGAAGUUGUUUCCAAAUAUAAGAAGUAGCUGCAGAACCAGAGCUGUGAAAACAACACGAGCCACACAAUGGCGAUCACCAUGAGAAUGACAGCCAGAACACAAAUGCUAAUGAAGACGAUGUCACUCAAAUCGUGAGGCUCGGCUCUAUGCUCCCCUACAUGUCCGCCGGCGUCAUUGUCGAUUUGUU